AUGAAAUGGUGGAUGAGCCUACCGACAGAUGAGAUGUACAUGAAACUAGGACUUUCCCCUACCGACGACCACAAAGUGUUCGUGUUACAAGUGGGUCAUUUGAUUUGGGAAAAAUUCAAAGAAUUGGGAGAAAAUGAAUUUAGCACAUUCAUGCUGACAAAAAUGCUUGAGCGAUCACAGGAUGAGAUUAUGUGGGCUCGAAUUAUUUACGAUGAAUUAAUCAAAGAUGGUACAGGCUUUCCACUUUCCAGUAUAUUUGAUGGUCUUAUUCGAACAAAGGAUAAAGGUGCAGUAGGCUGCAGACCCAGCGAUGCUGUCAUCUUUUUGACGAGUACCGAAUUUUCGAGAAUGUAUGCUGCCAAAAUUUCUCGCAAGGAAGCUGGCAAAAUGGUGAUGAAAAAACUUCUUGAGCGUUCGAAGGAUGAACUCAUGUGGGCAAAACUGGUUUAUAUGCUGAAAUUUCACGAAAAAAAACCCGAUGUCUUUAACUCUGUAUUUCAGUCAUAUCAUGCCGAUUCACAUACUGCAGAAUUUUACUCACCCAGUGCGGCUGUUCAGGAUCUGAUGAAGCUACUCGACUCGGAGCAGGAUCGAAAACCUCCUUCGACCGCUGAUGAUACGUUUCUAAAGCUACGUCGCAAGUCUGACGAUGAAGUCAUGUGGGCCAAACUGUUAUACAUAUUGCAACACUACAACCAAGACAACCAAGCGUCUAAAAUUGUUUCCAGUCGGUUGGAAACUAUUUUUCGCUCAUGGACAAAAAAACCAGAAGAUUCGGUUCAAUUCUCGAAGCGCUUAGACUGGAGGGAAAAUAUUUUGAAGAGCUCUCAAUUCGCCAAUUUAUAUGUGUACGCGUAUUUCUCAAGUGACAAUCCCAGCUUAUUCCUUCUAGAAAGGCUGCGAAAGCUAUCGCUAGUUGAAGCAAGGUGGGCUCGCGCUCUCAAUAAGCUGCGAAAGGAUGAAAGUCAGCAAGUUUCCUUUUCAAGUGUGCUUGAUGCUCUUCUCCACUCAUGGAUCGCACAGCCAUACUUUGCAGCUGCCGAGAAUAAGAGCAUACUUGUCGACGCUUUUGAUUUUCUGCUUGAAAAACUCCAUGCUCUCUCGUCCCACCAACCAUCACCUGACAAAUUGGCGAAUUUGGUGUCAGAGCUGCUUACGAAGUCGGAGAAUCAAUACAUGUGGGCCGCUCUUCUCUAUAAGCUGCAACAAGACCAAGCUUCGGACGAAAAUCUCUCUAAAAUCUUUGAUGUUUUACUUCAAAAUCAUCAGUUGGACAUAGCAAACGUUUUUGAGAUCAAGCCGAUCAUACAAAGACUGGAAAAUUUAAGUUUAGAACCCCCGAUUUCGAUUAGCGACCCAGCUAUUUUACAUCUGGUGUUGCAUAGAGUUUUGUCCUUGAAGUCAGAUGAUUUCAUGUGGGCUAAAGUGCUGUACAUACUGCAAAACGUCGAAUCCAAGGAGUUUAAAUCGUUUUUCUCCUAUCUAUUGAAGACCCUGAUACUUAAAUGGACGACUGAAUCUGGUGUUGAAAUCUCUCUUUCAAGUGAGAAUAUUGCUAAGUUGAGGACGUACGCAAGUUGUUCGGGCGACGAUCCCGAUUUAUUUCUUCUGAAUGCUCUGCGAGACCUUUUUCACGAUGACGUGAAGUUGGCUCACUUUAUAAAUGAAGAAAGGAAAAAGAAUCCGGAUUUAAUUGGUGUGUUGAGCGCUCUUUUUUGCUCAUGGAUUGGAAUAUCGUACAAUGCGUCUACAAGUAUAGAAAUUCAGCGUUUACUUGUCCGUGUUUAUAUGUAUCUAUCUGAUAAAGAUGGUAUAGCCUCAUUACGUAUAGCCUCAUUCAAAGCGAACCAAGAUGUUGGUGAAAUAAUACUGGACCAUCUUCUUAAGGAGUCGGCAGAUAAAGUCAUGUGGGCCAAAUUUUUAGAAAAGCUACAGGACGAUGCAUCCAUGCACGAUAUCGUUUCCAGUGUUAGAAGGUCGUUGUGGAAUAUAAAUGAAUGGUCGCUUACAGAGAUCUAG